AUGCCUUUACUUUUCGAGGGCUUUAACAGAAUCUCCAGACCAAUUGCAUAUGCAUCCAAGCUGUCUGCUAAACAACCUAUCCAUGUCAUUUUGGUAACUCUUGUGAUAUCUGCAUUUGCUUACCUUUCUGUUAUCCAAUACUAUUUUAAUGGUUGGCAACUAGACUCAAAAACGAUAUUUGCGAAAGCAUCCAAUCAAGAUCAGGACAAACUAUUUAAUGACUGUACACAUUACUAUAGAAACCCAGAAUCUAAUGGCUGGUCUAUGAUCAGUUCAACCGAAGCUAACGAUUUACCACUUACUCAACAUUAUUAUCUGCUUGAUAUGAGGUUUGAAGCCAAUGAGAAUAUGACUAUUUCCAAGCCUUUCAUUGAUGAUACAAUCUAUGAAUCGAAGUCAGAAAAAUAUGUUAUUCAAAAAGAUCUUCAAAUCUCAUCAGAAUUAAGUGCACCUGAUGGAACACAAUGGAGAUUAACAACUUCAAUCAAUGAUAUCUUUGAAAUUAAACAAAAAUUAUUUGACCUUUAUGAAAUUUGCAUCAAAAAUAUAAACGAAUCUGAUCCAUUUGACAUAUCUAUCAUCGUAAUUGCCUAUUCAAUGAUGAUGUACACCAUCUUCAGUCUAUUUAACGACAUGAGAAAAACUGGGUCUAGCUUUUGGUUGAGUCUUGCUACUCUUGUCAAUUCAGCCUGUGCUUUGUUCUUAGCCUUGUUCACCUCUCAAUGCCUGUUGCACAAGGAAGUCACUGCUUUAAGUUUGAUUCAAGGUCUACCAUUCUUGAUGGUUGUCAUUGGAUUCAACCACAAAGUUAGAUUAGCGUCUAAUGCUCUACAUCUAUUUGAAUCGUACAAUAUCUCCAAAAAGGUUGCUACAUAUAGAAUCAUAUAUGAAGCGAUGCUAGAAGAAGGUGGUAGAUUACUACAAGAUCAUUUGCUUUGUAUCAUUGCUUUUGUCGGAUGCUCAAUCUACGCAAGCAGUGUCCAACCUCUAACUAAUUUUUGCAUUUUAUCAGCAUUCAUACUAGCAUAUGAACUACUACUAACAGCAACAUUUUAUUCAGCCGUCCUUUCCCUGAAGUUAGAAAUCAAUAUAAUUCACAGAUCAACUUUAAUCAAACAAACUCUAGAAGAAGAUGGAAUUGUUUCAACAACUGCAGACAUCAUCUCGAAAUCUGAGAAUAAGUCUAGAAAUUUGUUGUUUAAUUCUAAUUAUGCUGUUGUAUUUGUCAAACUUGCUUUCAUUGCUUUCUUUGUCAUGAUUAACUUUUACAAUCUAGGUAGUGACUGGGCUACUGACGCUUUCUCAGCCUUCUACACAAGCAACAAACCUCCUAGAUUACCAGAAUUUAUAAAGACAAGCAACUCGUCCCAAUUUCACGACGCCGUAUUGAUCUCAAUCAUUUCUGUGACAUACAAGCCAUAUAAAAGAUAUCAUCAAGUGGAAGACUCCAUUCUUUCCCUUUUGCGUUAUAUCAGUGUUGCAAUUCGUGAUCGUUUUGUCAGUAAAUUAGUAUUUUUCGCUCUAGUGAUCAGUUCAUUGAUUAACAUUUAUUUGCUGAAUGCUUCCCGUAUCCACACCAAAUAUACUGUCGAGGAAGUUCAAUCCAAACACAAGCCAAAAGCUGAACAAAAAAUAGUAAAGCAAAAGAAGGUCACAGUAGAAAAAUCUAGACCAAAACUAACGACAGGAAAAGAUAUCUCAACCUCUGAAAGCUCUACCUCAACGUCAACAAGCUCAUUUUAUUCUUCUUCCGAUGAAGACACAAAUAUUGAUGAGAUUAUGAAGAGACCUAUCGAAGAACUGGAAGCUAUAAUGAAGGCAGGAAAUGUCUCUAAAUUGAAGAACAAGGAAGUCGUCUCGUUGGUUAUCCACGGUAAGCUUCCUCUUUAUGCUCUAGAGAAACAAUUAGGCGACACCACUAGAGCUGUGUGCGUUCGUAGAAAGGCCAUCUCUAUUUUAGCAGAUGCUCCUGUUCUUGCUACAGAUCGUCUUCCUUACAAGAACUACGAUUAUGAUAGAGUCUUUGGUGCUUGUUGUGAAAAUGUGAUUGGUUACAUGCCAUUACCUGUUGGUGUUAUUGGUCCCUUGGUUAUUGACGGUGUUUCAUAUCAUAUCCCUAUGGCCACAACUGAAGGUUGCUUGGUUGCAUCUGCCAUGCGUGGUUGCAAGGCUAUAAAUGCCGGUGGUGGUGUCACUACUGUUUUGACAAAGGAUGGUAUGACUAGAGGUCCAUGCGUUCGCUUCCCAUCUUUAACCAGAGCUGGUGCCUGUAAAAUAUGGUUAGAUUCUGAAGAAGGUCAGAACCAAAUCAAGAAAGCAUUUGACUCUACAUCUAGAUUUGCCAGACUACAACAUGCUCAAACUGCUCUUGCUGGUGACUUACUAUUUAUUCGUUUUAGAACUACAACUGGUGAUGCGAUGGGUAUGAAUAUGAUUUCUAAAGGUGUUGAAUUUGUGUUAAAACAAAUGGUCGAAGAAUUCGGCUGGCAUGAUAUGGAGAUUGUCUCCGUUUCUGGUAACUAUUGUACUGACAAGAAGCCUGCUGCUAUCAACUGGAUAGAAGGUCGUGGUAAGAGUAUUGUAGCUGAAGCCAUCAUCCCUGGUGACGUUGUAAGAAAGGUCUUGAAAAGUGAUGUUUCAGCUCUGGUUGAAUUGAAUAUCUCUAAGAAUUUGAUUGGUUCAGCGAUGGCUGGUUCUGUCGGUGGUUUCAAUGCCCAUGCAGCUAAUUUAGUUACUGCAGUCUACUUAGCUUUAGGACAAGAUCCAGCUCAAAAUGUCGAGAGUUCUAACUGUAUGACCUUAAUGAAUGACGUUAAUGGUGAUUUGAAGAUAUCGGUAUCAAUGCCUUCUAUCGAAGUUGGUACCAUUGGUGGUGGUACUGUUUUAGAUCCCCAAGGUGCUAUGCUGGAUUUGUUGGGCGUCAGAGGCCCUCAUCCUACGAACCCUGGUGCGAAUGCAAGACAACUAGCUAAAAUUGUUGCUUGUGCAGUUCUUGCCGGUGAACUGUCGCUGUGUGCGGCUCUUGCCGCUGGCCAUUUGGUUCAAAGUCAUAUGACCCACAACAGAAAACCUGCAGCUGCCGGCGCAGUAGAGUCCAAACCAACUCAAUCAGUUAACAAUGCUGACAUCAAGAGAUUGGAAGAAGGUUCAAAAAUUUGCAUCAAGUCUUAA